AUUUAUUAUGAGGACAAUGGAUCAUGAGUCUAUAGAAUAUGUGAUGUUACUACAGCUAUGACCAGGGCUUCAAUCAGUUAUAGGUAAAGAUGGAUAGAUUAUCAUUAAUUAUUGUUAGCACACAUAUAUGUUGUACAAUACCGCCGUCUUCUGGAGAUUAUGGCCGAUAUAUUACAAUCAUGAUAUUAUGACGACACACAAGACAACUCACACGUGAUCCACGUUGAAAUCCCAAUAGUCCUAAUUCACAAAUGAUAUUGCUUCACAUCAGAUUACUUUGCAUAAUGUCAUUAAAAAUAUACAUAUUAUUAAUGUUAUCCUCAAACUAUACCAGGUACUGGUUCUAGGUAUGCUCUUAGAAAAAGGGGUUAUUUGGGGUUCUCUAUGGAACUUUUAGGGGUUCCAUACAUGAAGCAAACGAUAUAACCCUUUUUGGUUCUAUAUAGAACCUUUGUGUAGUCUGGAGGCAUAAUCACCAUUCUGAGCAUGGUCUGUGUGUCUGAAAGAGUCCUGGCCUUGGCGCUGAUCAGGGAGAGCUGUUUACUGAGCCAGGCUGUGUCUCGGCCAACUCUACACAACAAUAUACUGCUCCUCAGCCUUUUGUUCAUGUAUGAGAGAAGGGGGGGGGGGGGGCGAAUGAGGGAGAUAGGUAGGAUAAAGAGAGAAUUGGGAGAGAAACAGGCAGAGCGCGAGCGAGAAAGAGAUGCAGAGUGGGAGACAGAGAGAGAGAGAGAGAAGGGUGAGAGGGAGAGAGAUAAUAGUUUCAUAAAAGCCACAUCCGAUCCACGACAUUCUUUCAGCAGUUAUUUUUGUUUCCAUUCCGUCUGCCCAGAAAGUGUUGUUAUGGGAAUAUAACAGAGAGACAGACAGACAUACCAGUAGGAUGACUACGCUGUUUACGUAAUUAUAAACCCACUGAACAAAAACAUAGACAUCUUUGGAAUGAUGUUUUUGUAGGUGCAGUGCAGGUAGUAGCAUAGGCUGCUAUUUGUCCGUGCGCAAAAACAGAUUCAGUUUGGGUGUAGCGAGAACAGCUAGACAGAGUGGGGGGAUUGAUAAGGAAUCUGAUAAUGAAGUCUUAUUAUAUUUACCACUGGACAAUUACUGGGGAAGCAAUCUGGAAUGGAAACUUCCCGUGUUCUAUUUCUGUGUGUCUCAGUACGUGUGCCUCAGUACGUGUGCCUAUUGGCAUUCGUUGCCGGCAUCUUCGUGCAAAAUUGCAUUACGUCACUACAUAAUUCUGGUGAAUUCUCUCGCCCACCAAAACAAGGACUUGACUACAGGCGUCCAGCCAGCCGCUCCGUUAGCUGCAUGGUGUAGUAGAGUAGAGAAGCAUCAUCAGCAUCAACAACAACAACACUGGGAAAUGCAGCUGCUGUAAAGGAACUGGUCCCCCACCCACCACCGGCAGAUGGAGUGUGAGCGCGCCACCGCCACGUGACUCGGUCGGUUCGCAUCUGUAGUGUGGCGGAGAAUCUCACUCUGCAUCAUGGCUGCGGAAGAUGUAGCUGCCCGGUCCCGAACCGCCCCCCUCUUCCCCAGGGUACCCUUCUCCCCAGCCCGGCUGCUGUUCCUCUCUCUCCUCUCCCUCUGCCUCAUCCCCUCCCCGUCCCUCGCCCUGCUCGGCUUCCGUCCGGAGGAGACCGGGGGAGAGCUGUCCGUGGACGACGGGGUGCUGAAAGCCACGGAGGGAACCCGCUUCAUGCUGCGGGUCUACUACGCCUCAUCCCCACAGAGGCUCAACCGGACCGCUGGGGCCAGAGCCAACGCCGCUCCCUGGAUAGCAUUCAUCGAGGAGCCGAGGCCGGGGAGAGAGGGGCAGGUCCACCCGAAGCGGAAUAUGUGCAUGGAUAAAAACGCCAGGAGCUCGGAUAUUGAGAUCUUGGGCUCUUUCAAGUCCGCUUCGAGUCAGAACUCCGUGUUGGUGGAAGUAUUGGCUAAGAACCUGCGCAGGGGAGAGAAGAUUAAGUACUAUUCGAUUUGUGCCUUCGACGGGUCCAAAUGGGAGCACUACCGGACCCGGGAUUUCUGGGUCGCCGUGGUGGAGCGCGGGGCCGAACCGGACCUCUGGCUUCAAGUGUUAGUAUCGGUUCUGUUACUGGCCCUCUCGGCGCUCUUCAGUGGCCUGAACCUCAGUCUGCUCGCGUUGGACCCGGUGGAACUCCAGGUUCUGCAGAACAGCGGCACGGACAAGGAGCAGAAAUACGCGAGGAAAAUCGAGUCCGUGCGGCGGCACGGUAACUACGUCCUGUGCACUUUGCUGCUGGGCAACGCGCUGAUCAACGCGGCGCUCGCAGUGUGGAUGUGUCAGAUCCUGGGGAUGACCUGGUUGUCCACCAUUAUCUGCGCGUUUGGGAUCUUUUUCAUUGGGGAGAUCCUGCCACACUCUGUUGCGUCGCGGCACGGCCUGGCCAUCGCGUCCAAAACCAUCUGGGUCACCCGUCUUCUCAUGGUUCUCUCCUUCCCCAUCUCCUACCCCAUCAGUAAACUCCUGGACUUCAUCCUCCACCAGGAGAUCAGUAACUUUUAUACGCGGGAAAAACUCCUUGAGAUGCUGCGCGUGACCGACCCGUACCACGACCUGGUUAAAGAGGAGCUCAACAUAAUACAGGGCGCGCUCGAGCUCCGGACCAAGACCGUAGAAGAUGUUCUGACUCCGCUAUCCGACUGCUUCAUGCUCACCUCGGAAGCGGUGCUAGACUUCAACACCAUGUCGGAGAUUAUGCAGAGCGGCUACACGCGCAUCCCGGUGUUCGAAAACCUGCGGUCGAACAUUGUGGAUAUUCUGUUCGUGAAGGACUUGGCGUUCGUUGACCCGGAUGACUGUACCCAUCUGAAGACCAUAACACAGUUCUAUAAACACCCCAUGCACUGUGUGUUCAACGACACCAAACUGGACGCCAUGCUGGAGGAGUUCAAGAAGGGCAAGUCCCACCUGGCCAUCGUCCAGCGGGUCAACAACGAGGGUGAGGGUGACCCCUUUUAUGAGGUCAUGGGCAUCGUGACCCUGGAGGACGUUAUAGAGGAGAUCAUCAAGUCAGAGAUACUGGACGAGACUGACCUCUACACUGAUAACCGCUCUAAGCGUCGUGUUUCUCACCAUGAGAGGAAGCAGCAGGACUUCUCCAUCUUUAAGCUGUCGGAGAACGAGAUGAAGGUGAAGAUCUCUCCCCAGCUCCUCCUCGCCACGCACCGCUUCCUCUCCACAGAGGUGGAGCCCUUCAAGCCAGCCCACCUAUCAGAGAAGAUCUUACUGCGUCUCAUUAAACACCCCAGUGUGGUCCAGGAGCUGAGCUACGAUGACAAGAACAAACUGGCCCCACAGCACUUCCUGUUUCAGAGAAACAAACCUGUUGACUACUUCAUCCUGUUACUACAGGGUCGUGUGGAGGUGGAGUUUGGUAAAGAGGCUCUGAGGUUUGAGAACGGAGCGUUCGCCUACUACGGGGUGCCUGCCAUCAUGCCCACAGUCCACAGAUCCCCCUCCCGUAGCAGUGGUCUGGACCGGUCUGACUCUAUGCUGUAUGGGGGCAGUCUGGGCCAACUCAACGGAGGGGGGAGCGUCUACCUGCCUGACUACUCUGUUAGGCAGCUCACACACCUGCAGGUCAUUAAGAUCACCCGUAGCCACUACCAGAAUGCCCUGACAGCCACUCUGAUGGACAGCUCCCCCCAGACCCCCGACACAGACGCCCGGCCCACAGACGGGAACACUCCCGACCUCCCUGUCCCGGAGCAGAGUGGAGACCACCUCCUCCCCCCCAGAGAGACCCGGCCCAGCUCGGCCAGAACCAGAGGACAGCAGUCCUCCGUCCCACACAGCACCUCUCUGCUCAACGAGAAGAACCGUAUCGUCCGCAGUAAAUCAGACGGUCAGAACAGCCCCAGUGACUCCGUUUUCCUCAGGAUGGAUGAGAUCUCGUACAUCAGAGAGGAGCACUCAGAGAGGGACGGCACCAACGACACAGCCUCUGUUGCUAUAGAAACGGACGCCCCCUCCUCUUUCAUCAGUACUCUGUCUCUGAGUGGAUCAGAGGACACACUGGGCAAGAAACUACUGCUCAAACUCAGUCACAAGAAGAGGAAAAAGUCUCGGGAAGGAGACAAGACACCUGAGGAGACAUCAGAGCAGCCGCUGGUCAAGACCUAGCAGUGUGUGUGUGUGUAUAUGGACUAACUCACACUAUCAUCAACAGCCUAUUUCCUUCCUCUUUUUGAUCGUUUGUCAGACGUUUCUGCAACGUUUGUCAGACGUUCCAGUCACUAGUUGACCACUCUCAGAUGUCCCCACCAACAGACAUUCUAAAGGGAAACAGAAGGAGAUAACAGCACAUAGAAAAGAUAGACCUCAUCUCCCCCUAACACCCCCACAGUCUCUGAUCUUAGACCGAACCAAAUGGGAGGAACUACCUGAACCAGCGGGACGGAAGCUACCAUGUCAUCAUGAACCUGGGGUUUUUUCUUUUUUUCUUGAAUGUUUCAUGUCGAAGUGGCUAAUGGAUUUGAAGACAAAGGAUGUCAGGAGAAGAGGAGGUUUUUGGUUUAAGCCACUGUCACAAUUUAAUUCACCCCCCCCCCCCCCCCCCUCCCCUCCUUACAAAAUAAUUGAAUUGGCCCUGUUGGAGCUGUGACAAGGAAACCAAAGACUAUGUAGAUAUCAUCAAUGCACAGAAGAAUAUUCACCAUGCGCCAUUAUAAAGAGCUCAUCCAUUCCUUCUUCAGGUGGUUUUAUGGAUGCUGUAUCACUUGUGUUAUUUGAUAGUGAAUGUUUAUUACUAUUCUCUUCUGUCCUCGUUCCUCUCUACUGUCUAACGGGUGAAUCCUAACGUUCACUUGAGUGGAUUUUCAUGCAUUGAUAUCAAUGGGAGACUAAGUGAAAAUUCUAUUUAGGAUUCACCCAGAAGUUGACUUGUCAGAAUGGGCUCAUGCUAUAGUGGUGUAAGGGGUUUAAAAGGACUUGAGAUGGUUUGGGGUUUGAAUGCCUUACUAAAGAGAAAGUCUUCAAUCUGCAUGUUUUAGGUACUGGCUGAGCACCAUGUAGACCUCUAUUCUCUCAGCCCGACUGUUAUCACAACUUCCUCAAACGGUGGGUAUGAGAACUGACCAGUCACAAGAACGGACCAGUCUCUUCCAAAUGAUGUAUAUGAGCAAUACUGAAACUCUUUUACACAGUUGUGAACGGGACACAUCCAAAAGACACUACUAAUGUAGGAUAUGCCAUUAGGAAACAUCUUGUUGUAGAGAAUACAUUUCUUAUUUGAUCUGACAAGCUGUACCAUAAGACCCAUGUUUCUCUCUCUCUCUGGGUUAAGACCACGUGUCUCUGCUCUGACUGGGUUUGUGCCGAUUCAGGUUUGUGCCACUGCACCACAGUGGGGGGAGAAAGAUGGGGGAGGAGAGAAAGGGGGGAGGACG